AUGUCCACUACUGCUGAUACUACCAUUCUUAUGCCUGAAGCUAAUGGAAAUGAUUCCAACCUUCAAAGUAUAGGAUUCAUCAUUCUUGAAAUUAUAAUUAAUACUGUCAUGAUAGGAGAAGUGACAACUAGAUUUUUGGCCUUAAGAAAUAUAUUCUGGAAAUCCUUAUAUAAUAUAGUUGAUAUAAUUCUUGUUAUGUUAUGUGUUAUUACCUUAAUUUUAAUAUUGAAGGGAGGAUGUUUACAUAAAGGAGAAGAAAUAUUUGAUUUAGUUCUGUUGAUUGUAAGAAAUUUAGUACAAUUUUCAAGAAAGAAGCUAAAUAGAAAAGCACGAAAUGCUACAGUAGAUUUCAGUAAUGUUAGAGAAUCAAAUGAUUCAUUUUCUGAUCCAGGAGAACAUUCAAUAAUUUAUGAUGAAUAUGAUGAAGACUUUUUAUAA